CUGCUUUGUAUUUAGCUUUCGAGGUAAUUCAAGUAGCUAAGUGUAAGUCUUACAAGCUAUCAAAGUGCUCAGUUGUACUGCUGAAUGUUCAAAGUGUGUAGUUGAAUCGAGAUGUUUCACUUCUUUUCAUUUCCGUCAUCGCCGACAAAAUGUCACAUCCCUGCGGUUGGACAGUUGUGCGCAUGUGCAGCAUGUGUACUAGUACUCGCAGGCUUCCGUUUGAACUUCAUUGAUAUGAUGGCAGAGAUCAACAGACGUCGACACGAGCUCGGCGACAGAAGCUCGUCACCUGAAGGAGCAUCCGAAAAAGCCACAUCCGGUGACGGCUCCACGGUAUUUCUGAAACUGUUGGCUGCGGGAUUUUACGGAGUCAGUUCAUUUCUCAUCGUUGUUGUCAACAAAAGCGUCCUCAGCAGCUACAGAUUUCCAUCGUCAACAUGUGUCGGAAUCGGCCAAAUGCUGGCCACAAUUGUAGUUCUGAGGAUUGGGAAGCUGUUGGGCGUUAUCUCGUUUCCAGAUAUGGAUUUGAGUAUACCACGCAAGAUGUUUCCACUGCCUCUGCUGUAUGUCGGGAAUCAAAUAUCAGGGCUGUUUGGGACACAACGACUGAAUUUACCCAUGUUUACAGUUCUGAGGAGGUUCAGUAUUUUCCUUACCAUGGUGUUUGAGGGACUCUUGCUGAAAAAGACCUUCUCUACGCCGGUUAAGCUCACAGUGUUCACUAUGAUCGCUGGUGCUUUUAUUGCUGCCAGCGCUGAUUUAGCCUUUGACCUUGAAGGAUACGUAUUCAUAAUGCUGAACAAUGUUCUGACAGCGGCCAGCGGGGCGUAUGUGAAGCAGAAACUUGAUUCCAAGGAGCUGGGCAAAUAUGGGCUUCUCUACUACAAUGCUUUAAUCAUGAUUUUCCCCACUGUGGCAUACGCUUACUGCUCAGGGGACUUGCACAUGGGGUUGGAGUAUAAUGGAUGGUCUGAUGGGCUGUUUGUUGUGCAGUUUGUGCUCUCCUGUGUCAUGGGCUUCGUUUUAAUGUACUCCAUCAUGCUGUGCACGCAGUACAACUCAGCACUCACCACCUCCAUUGUGGGCUGUAUUAAGAAUAUCCUUGUGACCUACAUUGGAAUGGUGUUUGGUGGAGACUACAUAUUCACGUGGACUAACUUCAUAGGCCUGAACAUCAGCAUUGCUGGGAGCCUGGUGUACUCCUAUAUCAUUUUCACACAGGAGCAAACAAAAAAGGCGUAAACCACAGAGUCCCGACACAGAAGAACUGCGCACGUCCAGAUCACAUUUCAUGUUGUCUGUGUACUGUAUGUGGAGACAUGUUUUAAACCAUGCUGUUAAAAAUGUUUUACUAACAUUUAUCAUGUAUUUUCUGUAUUUUGUCAGCACAUGUUUUUGUUGCAGUCAUGGAAAGGAGUUUUCUGAGACACUUUUAUCAACCUUUAUAUCUAUAAUUAAGACAAAGUGCCUUAACUUUUUAUAAUUAUAUUUCACUGAUUAAACAUUAAGUCAUGAGCAUUUUUAUAUUUGAGAAAUCAAUAAAGUUAAAGGAUAGAUUUGGA